AUGGGAUACCUAUUGAUUGAUGUCUUAAGUGAAAUUGCUUUUUACAAAAGUCCUUCAUAGUUAUCAGAUAGAUAUUUUAAAGUUCAACUUUUAAUUUGUUCAUUAUAAUUUUUAGCGCUAUUAUUUCCAAAUGAUGGGUGGAAUUAUUGGAAUUAUGACUAUGAUCCAGUAUUUAAAUACUUUAAAUAAGUGAUAAAUUGCUUAUUAAUUCUGCCUAUUUAGCAUGAACAAAAAAUCAUCCAUUCAUUAAUUGCGAGUGCAUUUUUUGCAUUUCAGUCAGCAAUUAUUAUAUUUAUUUCUAUUUUAACAAUAUUCAGAAAGAUUUCAUCAAAUACCGAAUUUACUAAUGGUAUAUUACACUUUAUGUUAAGAGUUGUAAAUUUUUAUUUUCUUCACAUAAAUUUUUCAAUAGGCAAUUUAUUCCUUUUGUAUUAUGGAAAUGGGAUAUUUUGUGCAAAGUUCAACUCAUUUUAGGAUGGAAAAUGUUCCCAACAUUCAUUAUUUUUUAUUGGUUUAGCCGGAUCGAUAUUGACUAUAUUGUCAUAAUACAUUGGUGUUUAUCUUUUUAGAUCCUUCUCAUUUAGACCCUUUUCAAUAUUGCAGAGUAAAUAUUCAUUUAAUUAAAUGCUAUAUGUUUUUAUAAGAGCAAUAAUGUUUGCAGUUUAUUUACUUGAAACAACAAGUUUUAAUGUGUACCUGUUUUUUAUUCUCAUAAAUUGUUUAAUCUUACUAUAAAUGAUUGAGAGCUUUUUCCUAAACGCCUUUUAUCCUCCAAACAAUGAAUUUAAUUUCAAAUUAUACUUUAUACUAUUCUCUAUAUCAAUCCUAAUCACAUUAAAUGUGUUAUCAGAGAAUACAAUAUUGCAAUAAAAUAUGAUACUUGAAAGUGUGAUGUUAGCGGCAUCCUUUGCAUUUUAUUUUUCUGAAGUUCUUUUUGAAAGGAAAAUAUAUCACCAAUCUCAGUAUAAGCUUCUAUCCUCAAGUAGAACAAUUGAUAUUAUCUAAAGGAUUUAUGAAUUAUCUCAAGAUAUCAAAAAGACUGUGAGGUAGAAAAAAAUGUUUUAUUAUUAUGCCUAUUUAGUAAAUCACAUAUCAGGUGACAAACACAUAGACAAUAGCUUUUUCUAAGAUAUGUCAUCAAGGAAGUUUAUUAUUUAAUUUUUGUAAAGACAGUUGAAAUUAGCCAAAUAAAAUGGUAAAGUAGCUUUUGAAGAUAUGUAACUAAUAUACACCAACUUUCUGUCUCAUUAUUGCAAGAAACCAUUACUUAGUUUAGUUGAGUUUAGAAAGUACGAUAUUUUUUAUCAAUAACAAUAAUCCUACUACUUUAAAUUUAUGAAGAAGCAAAUCAAUAACAAUUUACAGCAGACUGUUCAAAAACAGCAAUAAGCCAAUGUUUUUUAGUCCCAAAAUAGAGAAUAAGAAAAAUAGUCCUUGGAUAUUGUUCAUAUUAGUAAAUCAAUAGUUUUUGAAGAACUCUACAUUCCUAACAUUAUUAAGUUAAUGGAUGCUAAAAUCUACUUUUGGGAAUAAUUAAUCAAAGGGUACAAUACAAUUUAAGAAUUUUAAAAUGAGGCAAUUAAUUUAAGUAAGAAGGUGCAAUAACUUUAAAGAGAGUUAUUGUCCAAAUUAUCCUUUGAUAUUGAAAACAUAGGGCAUUUAGGAACUAAUUGUAAUGUAUUAGAAUUAAAAAUUGCGUCUAUUUUUUACAGUUCCAUAAUGAAUGACUAUUACAAUUCAGCUUAAUGUGAAUUUUUAAUAUAAGAAAUAUUCAAUAUUGAACAUACAUUAUCUUCAGAUGUUAUCACAAAUUUUACAUUAGUUGAAGACAAAGUAGCCUUAAUAAUGUUAAGCUUAGUCAGGAAUUUAGGUUAGAUUAUUAAUUAAGAUAAAAGAGGUUUAUCUCAAUAUUUUGGCUAUGAUGAUAAAGAAUUCUAACAAAUAUAAUAUAUUAAUUAAUUAAUGCCUCCCUUUUUAUCUGCAAUACAUGACAAUUUAUUAGAAGAUUAUUUGCAAUAAGCAAAGUCAAAGCUAUUUUAAUCUUAUAAUGUUGUAUUUAGUUCUGACAAAUUUGGUUAUUUGGUAGCAUAACAAUUAAAAAUUGACAAUAAUUUUCUAAUUUUAGAUGAUUAUGUGAUAAUGGGUUGUCUGUCCUAAGUUAAACGAGGAAUAGAUUUUGUAAUUUUUGGGGAUGAUGGUAAAAUAUGGGGUAGCACCUAAAAUUUCUUUUAAACCUACUUUUAAAAUUCAAAUGAAAAAUUUACUUUAUAAAGAUUAACUAAUCAAUGCUAUAUUUAUAUGUUUCUUCCACAAUUAAUUAAGAUCAUUGAUUCAUACAAAAAUUAACUAGUGAAAUCAGAUUAUGAAGGGUUAUUAAUUGAAGAUUCUUGUAUAUUUAUGGUUCGAGAUAAUAUAAUAGAAUUAAUUUAGCAUUUUUAAUCACUAAGUAUAUGUAUGCCAAAAAGCAGUCAUUUUGAAAAAUCGAUCAUUCAAAAAAAGGCUUAAUUGUCUGAAGGAUCAUUAUCAAAAAAGAUCGGAACUAUCUCUAUUUAAUAAAAUGAUUUAUAAGAAAAAGAGUAAGAUCAUCUAGUUUAGAUUGAAUCAAAUAGAAAAUAAUCUGAAGAAUCUAUCAAGCCUGGUUAAUACAAUGGUAUACCUUUAUUAAAUAAACAAUAUUAAAACGAAAUCUAAUAAUAUUUAGAAAGCAUAGAAGAAAAACCUGCCGAGAAAUUUCUGAUCAAGUUUUCUCUUAAUUUAAAAAAUAUUGGUAAAGAAGACUAUCACAGGUCAUAUUUCAUAUUGGAAAUCUUAGAUGUAAGGAAGAAAGAUCUAAUAGGAAAAUCAGUCUCUGAAAAUUAAAAUCAAUAAACCAAUGAUAGUAAAUUCUAUUCACUUUAAAAUAAUAAUCAUAACACAACAUAGGAGGAAGAACAAACCAAAGCAAAUGUCUCUGGGUUUGUUUAAUCGGAAUAACCAUAUUCUGAGAUUGUGCCAGUAAAUAAAGACAUUGGCUGUGGGGUAACUGAUCUCUUGGAAAGGAUGGGACCCUCGAAAAAGCAAAAAUAAGAUCAAGAUUUUGGUUUAUUCAAUUUAGAUUCGGCUAGAGAUAGUAUGAGUUAUGGUCCAUUAUCAUAAAGAGCUCAUUUUAUUAAUCCAAAUUAGAAGGAGGGAGAAUUAGAAGAGAUUGUAAAAUUGGAUUAGGAUUUUAAUGUCUUGGGAAUUUAACUAAACAGUGCUAGUGCCAUUAUGUAAAAGGAAAAAAACAUAUAAUAUGAACCUGAUGAGGAAUUUGAUAUCGAUGAAUCACUUAAAUAAUAAAAAUAGUAAAUUGGUAAAUCAAGUAGUGACAAUGAGAAGGAUAAAAAAAAUGACAUUUUAGAAAUAAUGAAGAAAAAUAAACUAAAGGGAAAGAACCAUGAAGAAGAAGAUGUGGAAGCUUUAAAAUCUAAAUCAAGUAUGACAUCAGCAACUUCUGGGAACUCUGCUAUCUAAAUUAUUAAAAAGUUUUAAAGCACUACUCAUCUUACUUAAGGACUUAAAUUUAUAUCUAUCUCUAGUCUAACUGUUUUUAUUAUAAUAAUCAUCUUGAUAACAGUCCAUCUAGUACUCAUAACCAUUAGUAAUUAGGAUACAUCUUUGACUAUUAAUGAUAUUAAUGGUCCAUUUAUAUUAAACAGAAGUUAUUUGGAAGCUAUUUCAUUUACAUGGAGUUUAAUUGUGGGAACUUUAGAUAUUAUUGAUACUAGUUAAUUUAUGAAGGAAUAAACAUUUAGUGAUUUAUAUAACACUACGACCGAUUUAUAUGAUGAAAUAAAUAAUAUGUAUUUGGGAUUUAUUUAAGUAGAGGAAAAAGGUAUGUUAUCUUUACAAAAAUUCACUUUUUUAAAGGGAGAAACAGAGGAAGUGAAGUUUCCUUAUUUUAUUAAUUUAAUUGAAGGAACCUUGGAUAGAGUUGUAAAAAUAGUAUAAAUUGAGAUAAAAGACUUUCCUACAAUAUUAACUAGGGAAUAUUUGGAUUAAUUAUUUUUAUUAAGAUAUAAUCUAAAUCAAAUCUACUUAAUGUCUUCAGAGUUAAUUGACUCUUUGAAUGUUGUUUUUUUGUCUUAAACUAAUGAUAGGGUUGAUGAAAUGUAGACCUAAGUUAUUAUUGAAAUAAUUUGCAUAGGUAUCAUUUUAUUAGUUGAGCUAUAUUUUUGGAAACAAAUACAAAAUUAUAGUUAGUAAUUAAUGCUUUUGACUGGAAGACUUUAAGAAAGUGAUGCAAAUGAAUCUAUAGCAAGAGCGUCUUUGGUCAAAGAAACAUUAACAUAAUAAAGUGGGAAAUACAGUUGGAAGAAAUAAAACUAUUAUGCCUUAAAUUAUUAAUCUCUUAACACAUUAAACUUCGAAUUAUUGAAUUAAUAGUCUAGAAUUAUCAAAGACUUAGCUUUAAAAAAUCAUUUUGAUGUAAAUUAAAAUAAGAAUAAGAAUCAUCAAUAAGAAAAUAAUAUUAAAAAGUCAUAAUCCUAAAAGAGAAAUAUUAAUGUCGUCUUAAGUUCAAGAAUAUAUAAUACACAAAUAAGUUUGAUAUCUUAUACUGUUAUGCUGCUCAUUGUAUUUAUAAUAAUAGCCCUAAUGUUUUUUGGAGGAUUUCUACUUUUUUCCUAAUAAAUUUCAGAUUUGGGUCCUUCUUAGGCCCUUACUGGAAAUUAUAUUAAGUUUACUUAAAAGUUAGACACUCUGAUGGCAUGUGCCUAAAUACUAAAGACUUAGCAGCUAGUGUAUGAUGCAUUAAUAAAGAUGAAUGUAUAUGAUAACUCAACUAUAAAUUCAUUCUUAUAAACAAAUGAUAUUGUUGAAUUAUUCAGUGAUUUAAGUAAGAUUUAUUCCGAAAAUUUAACCUCUAUCUAUGAGAGUAUUUUAUAAUCAAACAAAAUCAAGGAUGAGGAUAAACAAUUAUUAUUUACACUUUAUCAAGAUGAUUUUUGUGCAGAACUUAGUGAUGAAAUUCCUAUGUGCAAUAUAGAAGAAUUUGGAAUUGAUAAGUUUACUUAAACUUUCGGAUCACCUAUUUUGCCUUAGGAUGAUAAUAAGGAGUAUGUUAAUAAAGGUAUUGUUGGAGUAAUAAGCAGACUGGAUACGUUAUUCAGUUAAUUUUUUGAUUAUGAAAUUGAGUAUAAGUAAUUUUAGCCAGAUACUGAAUUGUGUAGAGAAUAAAUAGACAUGAAAGAGUUCAGAAAUGCAGUAUUUGCUCACUUUUUAGAUACUAAUGAUGGUACGAACACCUUUUUGGAUAUCAUUUAUAUUAGUAUUUAUGGGAUAUUGGAUGAAAAUCUGAGUUAUAUAUAUCUGUAUUAUGGUGUAGUUGGAGUAUUAGUUGGACUGUCAUAUGCAAUAUAUUAUAUUGUUAUAAUAAUUAAAACUAAUAAUAAGUUAAUUAGAACGAGAUUGGCUUUAAUUACACUACCCAUUUCAAUUUUAACAGAGUAACACACAAUAUCAAUGUUAAAAAGAUUAAAUUGA